CGCGCCGCGCGCAACCGGGCUCUGAAUUCACCGACGGCAGUGUGCAGACCGACGGACGGCGGAAGGCGGAGCAGCGCACCUGGGCCUCUAGAGACAUGAUGCUGCUCCAGGAGCCCGCGGCAGUGUGGCUGGCACUGGCUCUGGUCACGACCCUGACUCCGAGCCCAGGCAUGGCAGUGCCGUGGCAGGACUGCACAGGUGCCAAGUGUCCACCGCUGGAGAACUGCAUCGAGGAGGCACUGGAGCCAGGAGCCUGCUGUGCUACCUGUGUGCAGCAGGGCUGUGCCUGCGAAGGCUACCAGUACUACGACUGCGUACAGGGAGGCUUUGUGGAUGGCCGUGUGCCAGCUGGCCAGUCCUACUUCGUGGACUUUGGCAGCACCGAGUGCUCCUGCCCUCCAGGCGGUGGCAAGAUCAGCUGUCAGUUUAUGCUGUGCCCCGAGCUGCCACCCAACUGCAUUGAGGCCAUGGUGGUAGCUGACAGCUGCCCACAGUGUGGCCAGGUGGGCUGUGUCCACACUGGCCGGAAGUACCCCGCCGGCCACACCGUCCACCUCUCACCCUGCCAGGCCUGCCACUGUCCUGAUGCUGGUGGUGAGCUCAUUUGCUACCAGCUUCCUGGUUGUAAUGGGAACUUCUCAGAUGCUGAGGAGGGUGACUCUGGGCGGCAGUAUGAAGACCCCUACAGCUAUGACCAGGAGGUGGCCGAGGCAGAAACCACUGUGGCCAUGGUGAGUGAGGUUCAGGCAGGUGCAGAGGGCCCCCCUGCUUCUCUGGGAGGUGGGAAUCUACCACCGUCAUCCAUUCGAGCAACCCUCUGGCCAGCUGCCCUCCCCAGACCCACGGCAGCUGCUGCCCUGGGUCCCCCAGCCCCUGUGCAAGCCAAAGCCAGAAGAGUGACAGAGGACAUGGAUGAGGAAGAGGAGGAAGACGUGGAAGAGAUAGUGGUCACUGAGCCACCAGCAGCAGGUGGUCCUGGGAGGCUGGACAGCUUGCCCACGAUAUCCCCAGCCAGACCUGGUCUCCCUGUCCAGGAAAAGGAGGCUGAAGCCAGGGCAGGGCCUGAAGAAAACCUUAUUCCUGAUGCCCAGGCCACUCCUCGCAGUGCUGUGCAGGAGGGUGCUGUACCCCUGCCUAGAUCGGGCCUGGCUGGUCUCAGCCCAUCUCUGGCCACAGACAGCCCUCGUGAGGACCCAGAGCAGUCCAGCAGUCAUCCCACUCUAUCCACACUGCCGCCUGACAGAGCCCAGGUCUCACCUUCCCCAGAGAUGCCUAAAGAAAUACCCCAGCGUCCGCAGUUGCUACCUCGAUCCCGAACAGAAGAGGACACAGACCCCAAUUCAGUACAUUCUGUCCCCAGAGGUGAUCCUGAUGCCUCCACCAAGGACCUGAUUGAGACAUGCUGUGCUGCCGGCCAGCAGUGGGCCAUUGACAAUGAUGAGUGCCAGGAGAUCCCCGAGAAUGGCGCCGAGAGUGACGUCUGCAGGAUAGCCCAGAAGCACUGCUGUGUCUCGUAUUUGAAGGAAAAGAGCUGUAUGGCUGGUGUCAUGGGGGCCAAAGAGGGCGAGACCUGUGGAGCAGAGGACAAUGAUACCUGCGGCGUCUCCCUGUACAAGCAAUGCUGUGACUGCUGUGGCCUGGGACUCCGAGUGCGGGCUGAGGGCCAGUCGUGCGAAUCCAACCCCAACCUGGGGUAUCCCUGCAACCAUGUCAUGCUCUCCUGCUGUGAAGGCGAAGAGCCCCUCAUAGUGCCUGAGGUCCGCCGGCCACCAGAGCCUGAGGCCGCCCCUCGAAGAGUUUCAGAGGCGGAGAUGGCAAGCCGGGAGGCCCUGUCACUCAGCACAGAGGCUGAACUACCCAAUAGCCUGCCAGGAGAUGACCAGGAUGAGUGCCUGCUGCUCCCUGGGGAGCUUUGCCAGCAUCUUUGCAUCAACACCGUGGGCUCCUACCGCUGUGCCUGCUUUCCUGGCUUCGAGCUGCAAGGCGAUGGUCGUACCUGCCGCCCAGAUGGAGGUGCCCCACAGCUGGACACUGCACGGCAGUCUGCACCAAGGUCCGAGUCUGCCCAGUUGCCUCCCAACACCAUCCCACUGCCUGUGCCACAGCCCAACACCUGCAAAGACAAUGGGCCCUGUCGGCAGGUGUGCCGUGUUGUUGGGGACACAGCCAUGUGCUCCUGCUUCCCUGGCUAUGCCAUCAUGGCAGACGGCGUGUCCUGUGAAGACCAAGACGAGUGCUUGAUGGGCACUCACGAUUGUAGCUGGCAACAGUUCUGUGUGAACACCCUGGGAUCCUUCUACUGUGUCAACCAUACAGUGCUGUGUGCAGAGGGCUAUAUCCUCAACGCACAUAGGAAGUGUGUGGACAUCAACGAGUGUGUGACGGACCUGCACACGUGCACCCGGGCCGAGCACUGUGUGAACACGCCAGGCUCCUUCCAGUGCUACAAGGCGCUGACCUGUGAUCCAGGCUACACCCUCACAGAUGGCCAGUGCACAGACGUGGAUGAGUGUGUGACAGGCACACACAACUGCCAGCCAGGCUUCUCAUGCCAGAACACCAAGGGCUCCUUCUACUGCCAGGCCCGGCAGCGUUGCAUGGAUGGCUUCUUGCAGGACCCUGAGGGCAACUGUGUGGACAUCAACGAAUGUACAUCAUUGCUGGAGCCUUGCCGCUCAGGAUUCAGCUGCAUCAACACGGUGGGCUCCUACACGUGUCAGAGGAACCCACUGGUCUGCAGGCGUGGUUACCAUGCCAACGAGGAUGGCUCUGAAUGUGUGGAUGUGAAUGAGUGUGAGACAGGUGUGCACCGCUGUGGCGAGGGCCAACUGUGCCACAACCUCCCCGGAUCCUACCGUUGUGACUGCAAGCCUGGCUUCCAGAGGGAUGCAUUCGGCAGGACCUGCAUUGAUGUGAACGAAUGCUGGGUCUCGCCGGGCCGCCUGUGCCAGCACACGUGUGAGAACACACCGGGCUCCUACCGCUGCUCCUGUGCUGCUGGCUUCCUUUUGGCAGCAGAUGGCAAGCAUUGUGAAGAUGUGAAUGAGUGUGAGACCCGGCGCUGCAGCCAGGAGUGCGCCAACAUCUAUGGAUCUUAUCAGUGCUAUUGCCGCCAGGGCUACCAGCUGGCAGAGGAUGGGCAUACCUGCACAGACAUUGAUGAGUGUGCACAGGGCGCCAGCAUUCUCUGCACCUUCCGCUGUGUCAACGUGCCCGGGAGCUACCAGUGCGCAUGCCCAGAGCAGGGCUACACUAUGAUGGCCAAUGGGAGGUCGUGCAAGGAUCUGGAUGAGUGUGCACUGGGCACCCACAACUGCUCUGAGGCUGAGACCUGUCACAACAUCCAGGGCAGUUUCCGCUGCCUGCGCUUUGAGUGUCCACCAAACUACGUCCGUGUCUCGGAAACGAAGUGUGAGCGCACCACAUGCCAGGAUAUCACGGAGUGUCAGACCUCGCCGGCUCGCAUCACACACUAUCAGCUCAAUUUCCAGACAGGCCUGCUCGUACCUGCGCAUAUCUUCCGCAUUGGCCCUGCUCCCGCCUUUGCCGGGGACACCAUCUCCCUGACCAUCACCAAGGGUAACGAGGAGGGCUACUUCGUCACACGCAGACUCAAUUCCUACACUGGCGUGGUGUCCCUGCAGCGGUCUGUCCUGGAGCCACGGGACUUUGCCCUGGAUGUGGAGAUGAAGCUGUGGCGGCAGGGCUCUGUCACUACCUUCCUGGCCAAGAUGUACAUCUUCUUCACCACCUUCGCCCCAUGAGGUGCCGCGUGAGACAGUCCCUCCAGGUGGCACCUGGGCCCAUGGGCCGCCGUGCCACUCCUGAGUGGCUGUUGCUGUGACUCUGUAACUUAACUUAAUCGUGCUGACCUGACCGGUCUUGGGUCUCUGCCCUGGAGGGAGGGAGAGUACCCCAACAGGUCGCCUGAGGCAGCAUGAUCACAUGCAGACUGGAAACAGCCAUAGGGGGCUUCUGAGCUCCACUCCUCGGAGUAUGGCUAAAGCUGACAUUCCAUUCCUGGUUCCACUGUUGUUUUUCAACUAAAAAGAAAAAGAAAAAAAAAAUCAGCUGUGCAUGCAGUACAGGUCUUUAAUCCCAGCACUGGGGAGGCAGAGGCAGGCAGAUCUCUUUGAGUUCCAGCCAUCCUGGUCUACACUGGGAGUUCUAGCAACAGGAGCUACACAAAGAGACCCUGUUUCAAAGAGGAAAAAAAAGAAAGAAAAUCACUUUAAAAGUUUUUUUUUCUUUUUCUUUUUGCUGUUUUGUUUUUUUAAUUGUAAGAAUAGUACAUAUACAUUAUUAAAAAUGAUCAA